AUGGGUGCAGUCAGCGAUCCCCAAGCGUCCUAUGUGACUAUCAUUGAUAGCAUCCUCAAAGGCGCUGAUCUAAAUACCAUCUCUGCCAAGCGAAUUCGGAAAGGGCUCCAGGCUCAGCUCGAAUAUGACAUAAGUGACCAGAAGCAACCUAGCCCGCUGCCUAAGAAGCGCUCGAAACCCCAUGACUGCGACGAACAAGACCCGACGCCAUCAACGGAGCAGUUACCUCCACCGAAGAAGAAGAUUAAGAGGAUAUCUCAGUCUCAGGAAGAAGACGAUGCAGCAUACGCGGCGCGCCUGCAAGCGGAGCUAAAUCGGGCCAAGGCUGCUCCACUAGAAGAGGAAAUGAUCGCAAGAAGCCGAAACCGCGACGACGACAGCGAUGUAGCUUCAGGCGAUAAAAAGUCGGUGAAACGUACAGGAGGCUUCCAUAAGCCUCUUAACCUCUCCCAACCUCUCUCUGAGCUUUUGGGCGAAACUCAGCUCUCAAGUCCACAGGUUGUGAAGCAGAUAUGGGCAUAUGUCCGAGAGCGUGAACUACAGGAUCCCAGUGAUAAGCGCCAGAUACGCUGUGAUGGUCGUAUGCACGCUGUCUUCAAGACUAAGCGAGUACAAAUGUGCACUAUGAACAAGAUUCUCAGCCGACAUGUGUACGCUGCUGACGAGUGA